CCUGGAGCUGGAGAAGUCAGUGCCGCAGCCCGGCCGCGCUGCUCUGGGAAACCACUGGGGACGCGGAGCUGGGGGGAGUCCGAGGGCUGGGGACGUCCGUGAGGGAGGGGAACAGCCGCCCGAGUCUGCGGUGGGGAGACCGGACUGGGGCUGAGGGAGACUCCGGGAAGGGGCCCGGGAGGGAGUGGCGUUGGGCAGAGCCCAGGAAACAGCCCGGAGGUUCUCCACUGAGGCCCGCGCUGAAGGCGCCUGAAGCGGUACCUGGAAGAGGGUGUUCCCCCUUUAGCGGAUUCGUGACCGGAGGAGGUUGUUGGGGGUCGCCCUUCCGAGGAGGCCGUGGCUAAAAGGGCCCAGAACUGCCACUGGAUGACCCAGGUUCCCUGUAAUUGAUAAUGUUGGAGAUCGGUUCUGCAACUUUCUUCCAUAUUCGUUUGUUAAAAACAAAUAGAAUGCAAGUUCCUCCACUCCAGAUUAUGAAAACAGUACUUGGAAAACUGAAAACUAUCUAAAUGAUUGUCUUUGGUUGGGCCGUGUUCUUAGUGAGCAGAAGCCUUGGCCAGGGUCUGCUGUUGACUCUUGAGGAGCACAUAGCCCACUUCCUGGGGACUAGAGGUGCCACUGCUACCAUGGGUAAUUCCUGUAUCUGCCGAGAUGACAGUGGAGCGGAAGAUAGUGUUGACACCCAGCAGCAACAAGCCGAGAACAGUGCAGUACCCACUGCUGACAUGAGGAGCCAACCCCGGGACCCUGUUCGGCCACCAAGGAGGGGCCGAGGACCACAUGAGCCAAGGAGAAAGAAACAAAAUGUAGAUGGACUAGUGCUGGACACACUAGCAGUCAUACGGACUCUUGUAGACAAUGAUCAGGAACCUCCCUAUUCAAUGAUUACAUUGCACGAAAUGGCAGAAACAGAUGAAGGAUGGUUGGAUGUUGUCCAGUCUUUAAUUAGAGUUAUUCCAUUGGAAGAUCCACUGGGACCAGCUGUUAUAACAUUGUUACUAGAUGAAUGUCCAUUGCCCACUAAAGAUGCACUCCAGAAAUUGACUGAAAUUCUCAAUUUAAAUGGAGAAGUAGCUUGCCAGGACUCAGGUCAUCCUGCUAAACACAGGAACACAUCUGCAGUCCUAGGUUGCUUGGCUGAGAAACUAGCAGGUCCUGCAAGUAUAGGCUUACUUAGCCCAGGAAUACUGGAAUAUUUGCUACAGUGUCUGAAGCUACAGUCCCACCCCACAGUCAUGCUCUUUGCACUUAUUGCGCUGGAAAAGUUUGCACAGACAAGUGAAAAUAAAUUGACUAUCUCUGAAUCCAGUAUUAGUGACCGGCUUGUCACAUUGGAGUCCUGGGCUGAUGAUCCUGAUUAUCUGAAACGUCAGGUUGGGUUCUGUGCCCAGUGGAGCUUAGACAAUCUCUUUUUAAAAGACAGUAGGCAGCUGACCUAUGAGAAAGUGGACUUGAAUAGCAUUAGGGCCAUGCUGAAUAGCAACGAUGUCAGCGAGUACCUGAAGAUCUCGCCUCAUGGCUUGGAGGCUCGCUGUGAUGCUUCCUCUUUUGAAAGCGUGCGUUGCACCUUCUGCGUGGAUGCUGGGGUGUGGUACUACGAGGUCACUGUGGUCACUUCUGGCGUCAUGCAGAUCGGCUGGGCCACGCGAGACAGCAAAUUUCUCAAUCACGAAGGCUAUGGCAUUGGGGACGACGAAUACUCCUGUGCCUACGACGGCUGCCGGCAGCUGAUUUGGUACAAUGCCAGGAGUAAGCCUCAUCUACACCCGUGCUGGAAAGAAGGAGACACAGUAGGAUUUCUGUUAGACUUGAAUGAAAAGCAAAUGAUCUUCUUUUUAAAUGGCAACCAGCUGCCUCCUGAGAAGCAAGUCUUUUCAUCUACUGUAUCUGGAUUUUUUGCUGCAGCUAGUUUCAUGUCAUAUCAACAAUGUGAGUUCAAUUUUGGAGCGAAACCAUUCAAAUAUCCACCAUCUAUGAAAUUUAGCACUUUUAAUGACUACGCCUUCCUCACAGCUGAAGAGAAAAUCAUUUUGCCAAGGCACCGGCGUCUUGCUCUGUUGAAGCAAGUCAGCAUCCGGGAAAACUGCUGCUCCCUGUGUUGUGACGAAGUAGCAGACACACAGUUGAAGCCAUGUGGACACAGUGACCUGUGCAUGGAUUGUGCCUUGCAACUGGAGACCUGCCCGUUGUGUCGCAAAGAAAUAGUGUCUAGAGUCAGACAGAUUUCUCAUAUUUCAUGACACAUGUGAAGAGGCAUCAUGGACUUAUUUCUACUCAAUUCCAGCCAAUGUUGAAGAGAAAAAACAAAGAAAAAAAAAAAAACAUCUCUAAUCAGUUGUGCGCACAUUGAAACUUAUAGCCAUGGCCAGAUUUUAUGCUAAAAAUGGUAGUUUGUCAAAGACAAAAUUCUCUUAGAAUCUAACCCAACUUGCCAGCCCUGAGAAAUUCCUUUUAAGGCCAAGGAAAGCUGAGUGCUAACAGCUAGGCCUGUGGUACUUCCACGGAACACGCUAGGAGACAGUGCCCUCCCAAGUGCUGAAACCACACCGGAAUUCUCCCAUGUUGGGUUCAUGUGAAUGUCUAACAGGAUGUUUUCUCUCCUAUUCUAAAGUUUUUAUUUGGGGCAGAAGUCAUCAUGGAGAAGUAAAUGGCAGCGGUUCUGGGUUAAGCAUAACUUCCAACCGGUCAGAGAGGCCCCGGUGUGUUAAGCGUGGAUAUUGCCCUGCAAAACUUGAAUCUAUAAACCAGAACCACACAGGUCAAUACUACAAGCAACAUGGAGGGCCCGAAAGAAGGUGCACAGACUGUGGAGAAAACCCAAUUUUUGAUAUUUCCGUGAUUCCAAAGAACAUUGUAGUUUUUUUUUUUAACUGCAGAAAACUGGUGUAUUUUCACAUUCAUGGUGUUUCUAUCCAGUUUCAGUAUCCGCAUUUUGUGAGGAAAAAAUGUUUUAACAAUGCGGGAGGAAUUCUUAAAUUAAUUGCAAUGUUAGACUGGAGAAAAUUUGGUAUUUAGGGUAUUUUUAAGGUACCAUCAAAUCAGGUUUUUUUGUUUUUUGUUAAAAAUUUUUUUUAAUCAGUAUUGUUUCUGGAAGUAAUAUACUUUGAAACUCUUGAACUAACAGUCUCAAAAACUCUUAGAGGACAGUCUGAGAGCACGUAUUCCUGUUGUUUUAAAUAAAUACCUGUUUUUGAAUAGUAUAUUCAAUCAUGGAUUGCUGACUAUGUCUUCAUCAAAAGUGUUAAUCCCUCUCAGGGUCUCUGGUGAAGACCUUCAAGAGUUUGGUUUUUUCUCCCAGAAAAUUGGAAGGUAGAAUUGUAAAUUCAUAGAACUUAUUUUAUAAUGGUGUACCUCAGCAGCUGCCUUUCAAUUUAUGCCAAGUCCUUACUGAGUUUAUACUUGAAUAGUAAAUACGUCUUCUGAGUUUUACAGUGUCUUAAACUCAAUGCACAUCUUUCUUUCCUCCUUUCCUACCCUUUCUUGUUUGUAAUUCAUUAAACUGUCCUAUUAUAGAGAUGAUUUCCUUCCUGGCCGUACUUGUUGGGGUGCUGGAUUUUUUCCAUGUCUUUAGUCUUCCAUAAAUUCAAAUAUAUAUAUAUGUUUAUAUAUAUAUAUAUAUAUAUAUAUAUAUAUAUAUAUAUAUAUAUUCUCUUCUUUAGCUUGUGGUGAAUACAGUAAUUUGCAUUGAAGAAAUAAAACAUUUGUUGCCUUUUUUGAGUAA